AAGGCGGCAGUGCGUCAGCUGUGUUCCGUGUUUCCGGUGUCGAUCGCUGGAUGGUUUUAGCUGCGUGUUGAGGAGAGUUUUGAGAUUGUUUUGUUGUCGAAAGUAAGAUUUCAGAGCUUAAAUAGAAACUCAACAUUCGUCUGCUUCUACAGACCUUCAAAUCCUCUUCGAUAUGGGUGAAUCGCGAGUGUUUACGUCGAUGUUGAUGUUUUUGCUGAUGUGUGUCGCAUUCUGUGUUUCUGAGGCAACAACAACUAAAAAACCAACAAUAAUUCCACCUACAGCUCUUCCUCCUGUUCACAAACCAUGCAAAACAAUGACUUCCUGUGAGACGUGCCUCGCCAAUGUCUCGUGUUUGUGGUGCCAGACGAACGGCAGCUGCAUGGAUUAUCCGGUGUCGUAUGUGAUUCCUCCGGCGUCGGUGUGUAAACUCUCUCAGGCGCGCUGGGGCGUUUGCUGGGUGAACUUCGAGGCUCUGAUCAUCGCGAUGGCUGUGGUGUGUGGGACUCUGCUUCUGGCCAUUACUGUGUGCUGCUGCUACUGCUGCUGCUGCAGACGCGGACGCAGACGCUCGUCCAGCUCUGACCGUGAUGAUGAGCAGUUUGCCCGGAGAAGAGAGGAGAUCAGACAGCGAGCGGAUGAACGGAGGGUGGAGAGGAAGGUGAAACAUGAUGAAAUCCGCAAGAAGUACGGUCUCAUCCCAGACUCCGAUCAUCCUUACAGCAAGUUCGAGAACGAUUAAAAGCCACGGAUUGGGUCCCUUCACCACACGCUUUGCUCUUUUGAGACACGCCGGAUCACUUUAGGUUAGAUGGAGCUGAUACGGAGAUUACCUUCUCAGUCCUUCCAUUGCUUAGAAAUCUCUCUCUUUGGCACCGUUUCUCUUUUCUGUAUUAUUCAAACACAACAGCAGCACGCUGCUAAAGAAUCAUUUUCAUCCUCUGGAUUUUUGUCUUGAUUUCCAAUACAAAUAUCUAAACAUUAACACACUACUACAGAUAGUAAAGACACAGAUAACACAGAUAACACACAGAUAGUAAAGUGACAUAAAAUAAAAAGUUAAAGUAUCAACCUGAAGUGAUUUUAGGCUUAAAACAUGAACAAAUAUCUUCCAGUGGGGUGAGAAAAAUCAACUUCAUUUAAAGCUGAUUUUUCUAUCCUCAUUAGCACAUUUGUUUUUCUAGUUUUAUGCAUUAACUCGCUGCAUUUUGAUGCAUUUUUCAGAAAAUAAGAUCUCUAGCAAAUGUCUUGAUUUUUACAAUGUGGACAUAUUUGUUCUGGAAACCAAGACAAAAAUACUGAUAAAGAAUUAAUUUUUUUUUUGCACAUUUGAAUGCUUUAGAAGAUGGAAAUGGCCAAAAUGGCUGUUCGAAUGUGACUAUUUUGUUUCUUUGUAUUCUUACAGAGAGUUUGAGAACUAGUUUAUGCAAAAAUGUAAAUUUUGUCAUGAUUUAUUCACCCUCCUGUCGCUCUUUUCUGCUCAACAACAGUUCAUACUGAGCAGGCCUUUCAAAAUGAUUAGAAGGACAAUAAAUACGUCAUGUAGUGUUUCUAUUAAGUCUCUUUGUUUUGAGUCAUAUGAUAGUUUCUUUGAGAAAGUUUUAUUCUCUGAUAAUCCACAAAGAGCCAAAAACAUGGUGCAUUAAAUGCAAAUGAGAUUUUAGAGCUUCAGUGGCGGAGGAGAUGAUUGGUGACUUAAUUUCAGUCUGUUUCUCUCACAAAGCAUCUAAUGACUUCAGAAGUAUAGCACAUGCAUCAUAUGGACCGCUGUUGUGAUGUAUUCAGAUAAUGCAUUUUAUUUGACUUUAUAGUAUGCAUUAUAUGGAUUACUGUUAUGAUGCUUUUAUGGAUUUUUUCUUUGUCGUCAUCUUGCAUGAGAAAUUCUCCUUUGCGUUCCAUAUAAAAAAAAAAAAAAAACAA